AUGACCGUUAUGAUGAUGAUGAUGCGCUGGAUGCUGUGUAUAGUGGCUUUGCUUCUAAGUAUUGGUUGUGUGUGUGUGGCGGCUGAAGCGGAAGAGAAAAAGCCUGAUUCUGAAGGAAUGAGUGAACCGUUAACGCAGGCCACUCAUACUGGAUCUGAAGUUUCUAGUGGUAGAUGUGAAGGCACUGUUCCAUCUGAUGGAUCUUGUACUUCGAAAGCAUCUCCUGAGAAGCUGGGAACUCACGCUCCACCCGGUCCUCGAACUGAGACUACUCCUCAUUCUGCGCCUCGUUCCCAACGUACCACGCAGGGAGAUGAUGCGGCAGAGCGUACAACUGAUGACAUCACGGGACAAAAACCAAAAGGAGAGGAACCAGCAGGUGACGAUGAGAAGAUAGAAGAAAAGGAAAGGGUCACUCAUGGAAAUAACCCACAGCCAGGGCCAUCUUCAUCGUUAUCUCCUGAGCAGCCGCCACAUGAUGGGUCAAGUAUUACUCUUUCUAUAGGGGAAUCGAGACAGAUAGACAGAGUCACACAGGGCUCUCAAGAAGAAAACCGCAACAAAGAAACGAAUACUGCACGCAUAGAAUUGCCGAAACCUGCUGACUCAACAGAACAUUCUUCUCCAGAUACACCACAACCAGAACCAACCCCAUCUGAUCCACACUCUGGUGAUUCAAACACACUAAAUAACCAGAGCGCAGAGCCCAGCAGUACCGCUGAUACCUUGACAAUUUCAGAAGAGAGUGAAGGAACAAAUGGCGAGACUGCGAAUGCUGUGAGUGAAUCAACUACCACAACAACAACAACAACAACAUUUCCUCCUGAGACUGCAAACAACAAGAAGAGUGAUGCAGACAGCACCAGCAGUAUCAGCAGUUCUGUGUGGGUGCGUCUGCCACUACUGAUUGUGGCUUUGGUGUUCUCCGCUACUGUGUACUGA